GAUGGCUGAGGACAGUGCCUUGCUUCUGUCUCUGGUGGAGGAAUUUGUCUCGGGACUACAAGAUAGCAAGGCCAAAGAUACAGCAACAGGUGUCAAAGAUGGACAGUUUACAGUACUUCAGCUGGUGGAAGCACUGGGACUGAGCUUGACGAGCUCUCAGCCUCACACUCGAGCCAGAGGAGUCCAGCUGCUGUCCGAGGUUCUCCAUGAGUGCUAUGGAAAUCUUACAGAGGGAGAAGUGGAAGUGCUGAUAGCUUUCUACGAAAACCGUCUAAAGGACCAUUACGUCAUCAUACCACCUGUUUUACAGGGUCUCAAAGCUCUGACAAAAUGUACGGUGUUGCCUCCUGGCUCAGCUGUGUCCAUGCUGAGAUCUUUGUUCCAGGACGUUCACGUACAGUCUCUGAUGCUGGCAGAGAGAUCGUGUGUCUACAGCAUGCUCAUCAACCUCAUGGAGACCAGAGAGGCUGAGUUGAAGGGUUUGGGAGCAGACUUUGUGUUUGGCUUUGUUCAGUCAAUGGAUGGUGAGAGGGAUCCUCGCAACCUCCUCUUAGCCUUCCAGAUUGCAAAGAACAUCAUCCACCGAGGUUACGAUCUAGGUAAAUUCACAGAGGAGCUGUUCGAAGUGACGUCCUGCUAUUUUCCCAUCGACUUCACCCCCCCUCCUAAUGACCCCCACGGCAUCACCAAAGAGGAACUCAUCGAAGCCCUAAGGGCUGUUCUUACUGGGACACCAAAAUUUGCUGAGUUUCUGUUGCCUCUCAUCAUUGAGAAGCUGGACUCAGAUGUUCAGAGUGCGAAGCUGGACUCGCUGCAGACUCUGACUGCCUGCGUGUCACAAUAUGAACAUAAGGACUUUGCAGAGUUCCUUGAGGGACUGUGGACAUCACUGCGCAGAGAGGUGUUUCAGACAUCCAGUGAGAGGAUAGAGUCUGCAGGCCUCGCUGCUCUUACCGCACUCACUUCCUGUCUGUCUCGAUCAGUCCUCAGCUCUGACUCUGAAGACUCCCUCAGCACCUUCUUGGAUCUUGUGCUCAAAGACUGCAAACAUCACCUGUGUGAGCCCGACCUGAAGCUCGUGUGGCCCAGUGCCAAGCUGCUGCAGGCCACCUGCAGCGCCUCCAACAGGGCGAGCCACAUCAUAACAGCCGCUGUCAUGCCCUCUCUCAUCGAGCAGUACAGCAGCAGAACACAGUGUUCCCAUAGACGGACGUUACUGGAGGUGGUGGUGAGAUUCAUCCAGUCAGUAAAAACCAGCCAGGCCACAGACAGCGAAGAGAGUGUGUUUCUAGCCUUCCGUCAGCCUCUGUGCAGCAUGGUGUUUUCAGCUCUGUCGGAGACUAAUUCCAGUCUGCAGAUCACAGCCACCUCUAUGCUCAUCUCACUGGCACAACAAACAGGUCUGCUGUUGGACUCUGAUAUUGAGCUGGCUGUAGAUCACCUGACCAGACUGCUGCUGACGGAGGAGGAUGACAGAGUCAGCCUUGCUGUAGUGGAGUGUGCCGGAGCCUUAGCAGAGCUGCACCCAGCAGCUUUUAUCACUAAACUGAUCCCGAGACUAAAGGAGGAGAUGUUUUCUGAGCCUAUGGAUCAGGACAUCAACAGAGAAGCUUCUGAGCAGCAUUCCCAUCAUGCAGUGCGUCAGCGGUGUUUGUCUGCUCUGGCUGCGGUGUCCACCCAACCCAGUGUUGUACGGGAGAGCACACCUGUCCUCCUGGAGGUCCUCAGCUCAGCACACACAGGUGGCGUCGGUUUCUCAGUGGGGGAGGUGGUGUUGGCGUGUCGCAGCCUCCAGAGGAUAGCAGAGCAAGUUCAGGACAUCGAGGAGACAGGACGAUGCUUCCAUGAAAUCAUCAUCCCGCGCCUGCUGUCAUUGGCUCUCCAAGCAGCACUGCAGGGUGAGGGGUCCUCUGGUCGUCGCAGUCCUCUGGUAGAGGAGGUGGUCCUGUCAGCUGUGGUCCCUGUCAUCAGUACUUCCUGCUCCAGGCUACAGCCAACGUUGGCGAAACAGACGGCGUCAAGAGCUGUCUCGCUUUUCCUCGACGAUGAUGUCUCCUUUUUGCCCGACAACUCCUUCCCAUCUCACAUCCAGCUGCUCAAGAAUCAGGAGGGGGACUCGUGGAGCCAGUCUCAGAUGGUUUGUCUGCUCAUGGGCUGUGUGUGCUCUUUACCUCGCAGUGUGGAGGUGCCCCAGAUGGACCAGCUGCUGUCACAGCUGGAGGAGAUGAGCUGCACCUGCAGCCACCCGCUGUCGUACACCUCCGCUGCAAAGUGCUUUGCGGGGCUGGUCAACAAGCGAUCGCAGGGUGAUUCACUUGAUAGCCUCAUUCAGAAGACGAUGAAGAGAGUGUGUAGUGAGCUGGACUCUACAUCUUCACCUGUACGCACUCAGGCAUUCACCCUCAUGAUCUGGGUGGCCAAGGCUUUGCUUCUCCGAUACCACCCUCUGUCCACAGCACUGACCGACAAGCUCUUCUCUCUGCUCGAUGAUGCUGAUCUGGGUCCGAUGGCAGCCGACGGCUUCUCACUGCUCAUGAGCGACUCUGCCGACGUUCUAAACCGUGGUUGCCAUGCCGACGUUCGCAUCAUGUACCGCCAGCGUUUCUUCAGCGAGAAUUCGGCAAAGUUGGUCCAGGGCUUCAAUGCUGCGCCGCAAGAGAAGAAGCCCAACUACCUGAAGGCUCUGUCCAACAUAGUCAAUAAACUGCCAAAGCAGGUUCAAAUCACUGAACUACCAGCGCUCCUGUCGCUGCUGCUGGAGGCCUUGUCGUAUCCCGAUCAGGGCGUCCAGCUGUCCACACUGUCCUGUCUGGAGCCCGUCCUCAUCGACCCCCCACCAGCUCUCAUUCAGCAGCUGGAGGCUUUGGUCAGCAGGCUGCUGGCCCUCAUCUCUAGUCCAGCCAUGAGUGUAAGGAUCGCCUCACUGCGCUGUAUCCAUGCCCUUUCCCGCUUCCCCGUACACGAGAUCUUGCCUUUUCGGACCCGAGUGCUGCGAGCUCUGGCCCGGCCUCUGGACGACAAGAAGAGGCUGGUGAGGAGCGAGGCGGUUCAGGCACGAGGAGAGUGGUUCCUCUUGGGAAGUCCUGGGGGAAGGUGAUUUUACACCUCAAGCACAACACAAGUCUCCCAUUAAGUCCCCACAUGCCCCCACCCUCCCCUGGACUUAGAGAAAACAGAGUUGGGAGCCUCGAUCUCCAGGACCAGGUACCCAGGAUCAGAUCUGUUCAGUCCACACAACAGCUCUCUAUCAAUGGAUAAACUCCCCAGUUCACCCCCUCCCACUCCCCACAUCCCUCUACCCUUCUUAUUCUCAUCUUGUCAACCAGAGUCCCUCCAUCCUCCAUCUUCUUUCCCUUUUUACUGAAAUGUUUUUGUUGUGACCGCCUGUAUCUUCAACAACGCACAAAUGAGAGAAUAUGGACUGACUGUGGAGUGUAGUCUACGUUAAAAGAAUGAAAAUGACACGUUGAUUAAUAUGCAACACGCCUUGUGUACGUUGUUGUCUUUCUCUCUAUAUAUCGCAGAAAAUGUUACAGAGUUGAGUGAGGACAUUUUGAUUAAUACUUAUACUUACAUCCUCAUCAUCACCACAAGAGCCCAAAGUUUUCUCUGUCACUCAGAUUACAGUCCGAUCAAAUCAUUAUAUAAUCAGAACAAAAUGAAAGACAGUAUUUUCAAAUGUUUGCUAUGUUUGCUUGAUACAUAAAUAUUAUCAACUGAUUUUCUGAUAAUUAACAACGUAAUUUUAAAAAAUGACACUUUUUUGCAAGAUUUUUGAAAAUCUAAUCGAACUUAGAUAUAAGAUGUAACUUAGAUGUAGUAAUAAAGUUAAAUAUUCAAAGUCUAAAUUUUAAAAUGGCUCUUGUUGAAUGCACUUUGUGUCCCAUGAAGAGAGAAAGUAAACACAGUACAUACAUUCAGUGGAAAAGUCACUACAGUGCUCAUGGACUAUAGUGGAUGAGUGGUCCCGUUAACUGCGGUGUUUUUUAAAUGAAACUUUACGACCAUUUUGAGAAUUCAGACUGCUGGAAACAUCAAAGAGCUCAUCCUCACUGCGUAUAAAGAUGUGGGACAGCACUGAACCCAGCAGGCACUGAUUAGCAGCCUUUUAUCUUCUCAUCUGGACGAAUGUGUGUAACUGAGCAGCGAUGUCUUAGCAACUGCUGGUGUGUUCGAUUUGUGUCACUCUGGCGAAGCAGCUGGGUGGAGCUGUACAGACAGAGGGAAAAUGUGGAUGUGCCAACUGUCCUCUGGUUGCUCACAGGGUGACAGGAAUCGAGCACUUCCACGUGUAUCACGCCUCCACUGACCGGGUAAAAUUUUAAGAUUCAUUUGACAUUAUUAUCUAUCUGUGCUGAUGUUAAUGUUUAUUAAUGCAUUAAGAUUGUAAGUUACGUGAACAGUAUGUCCGACAUCUGCCUUGUGUUCACUCAGUAUAUAUCAUAAUGUCAAGACUUUGGACCUCACAUCAACUUAUGCCAAGGAAAUAGACAGUAUUUAAAAUGUCUAACUUAAGUUGUCAUUAAAACUUUUCUUUGUUAAUUAUA